AUGUGUUGUGGUUGUUGCAGUGUGCGCCAGCAGAAGAUCUGGGUUUUCUCCAUGGGGGGCCUGAUCCUGGCUGUUGGGAUUUUUCUGGCCUCAGCCUGGCCCGCGAUAUCUCGGCAAUGGAUUCGUAGUCUUUUGCCCUUGGCUCCCAACUCCUUUAUCUACAAUCGCUGGGUGACCACGCCCAUGCCGCUAUAUAGCACCGUUUUCCUCUUCAACUGGACUAAUCCGGAGGACUUGAACACAGAGGGCGUUAAGCCGCACUUUGAGCAGCUGGGGCCUUACACUUUCAGCGACUUUAAGGUCAAGGAGGAUUUGGAGUGGAAUCAGCCACAGGUGACCUAUUUCGGCAAACGCACCUGGCACUUUCUGCCGGAUAAGUCAAAUGGAUCGCUGGAGGAUGUAGUUAUAGCCCCACACUUUCCAUCUUUGACAGCUGCUUUGUACUCGCGCCACUUGCGCCGCACCCUGCGCAAGGUCAUGAACUUUACCCUCAAUCGCGAGGGCGGCGCCACCCACAUGACCCACACAGCUGGCCAAUGGCUCUUCGAUGGCUACUACGACCAUCUGCUUGACUUCGUGGAGCAGCUGCAUUCGCCUCUGCUCCCGGUUUACAGCAACACCUUUGGCUGGUUCUAUGAGAGGAACAACUCCAAGACGGCGGAGGGAAACUUCACAGUGCACACUGGCCGUGGGGAUCUCAGCCAGCUGGGAGAUCUGCUCCUGUGGAAUGGAAGGAACACCACCGGCUUUUAUCCCGGCGAAUGCGGCAAGGUGAAUGGCAGCACGGGGGAGCUCUGGUCGCCGUACAGGACGUGGGAUCAGCCAACCACCAUUUUCCUGCCAGAUGCUUCGCGGUACUUGAACCUGUUUCCCAAGGAAAACCUCACCAUCGACGGCAUAGAUGUGUGGCGCUUUGAGUCCACCAAUCAUACCCUCGACAAUGGCCAGUUGUCGCCGGACACUGAGUGCUUUUGCCUCGAGAAUCGCGAGUGUCCGCGCAACGGAGUCCUGGAUUACGGUCCUCCCGCCUUCAAUGGCCCGUUCUACAUGUCGCAUCCGCACUUUUACCUCACAGAUCCACUGUACAGGGAGAACACCACCGGCCUGCAACCCGUGGAGUCCCAGCACGGCAUGUAUGUGAUAAUGGAGCCCACUCUUGGAAUUCCACUGAGCCUCAGGGGGCAGCUCAUGAUUAGCACCAAAGUUGUGCGCGACGAGGCAAUUGACUUGUUCAAGGACGUGGCCUUCGAUCAUUAUGCACCCCUUUUCACAAUGAGAAUGCAUGCGGAAUUAGACGAAGGGCUCACAAGACUUUUGAAGCUUGCGCUGAAUGCUGCCAAUAUAGGAAUGUAUACAGGAAUUGGCUUAGUUCUUUUAGGAAUUUUGAUAGUCGUAAUUGGCAUAUUCAUCACAAAAAAUAACAAAUGGCACAACGAACAAAGGCCCGACAAACAAGUCCAGUGCACUCAAACCUGAUAAGACUGUUGAGGCUAACAAAGCAAUAAAUUCGCUAAUCACUACGAAAAUGUUGGCAUUGUUUAAGGCCAUAAUCAGUCAGGGCUCUUUAAGGCCUGGUCAUAAAAAAUGCAAAUUACGUGCUCGGCAGGAUUAUCCAAUUUCCCCCAGGUGUUGCCCAGCUGCAGGCAUCUAGAAUUACACUAAAUUAUGGCCUUUCAAAUAUGCUAAAAUUUAUUAAUAUGUUAAUAAUUGUUUUUUGCUGUUCCUUCAUGCUAUGCAAAGAAGGCGGGAAGGGAGAAAUCCUUGAGCACGUAAGCUGCAUACUUUAUGGCGUACGAACUCUUUCACCAGGCAGAGCCGGCAAAUACCGAACUGGAAAUUUGAAAAAUGCCAAAAGAAUAUUAUAAGCGACUAAUUUAUAUGCACCAAGCACGCAAACUUACGUUUUGCACACACAUUGUUUGUGGCCCACGAAGAGGGCGAAGGAACAAGUUAAA